AUGUCCGCUCCACCAGGAUUCGGUACCAUGCCGCCGCCAGGAUUACCGGCUGCAUCUCAACCCAAUGGAGAAAGUAGGAUGGAUGGAGAUUUCUUUGGACAGUUAAGUCAAGAUGAGAUUGAGAAAAAGGCGAGAAAAUGGAGACAAUCUCAAAAGAAGAGGUUUGAUCCAAAGAGACGACAAGGUGGUGGUGGCGGAAUAGAUUUUGGUAAAGCUGAUUUACCUCCUGAGCAUAUUCGAAAGAUCAUAAAGGAUCAUGGCGAUAUGUCAAAUAGGAAAUUCAGAAAUGACAAACGUGUACAUUUAGGAGCCUUGAAAUAUGUUCCUCAUGCUGUUAUGAAAUUAUUGGAGAAUAUUCCGAUGCCUUGGGAGCAAGUACGCGAAGUGCCGGUGUUGUAUCAUAUCUCAGGUGCUAUUACAUUCGUUAAUGAAGUGCCACAAGUGAUCGAGCCUGUGUAUCACGCCCAAUGGGCAUCGAUGUGGCUUGCGAUGAGAAGAGAGAAGAGAGAUCGAAGGCAUUUCAAGCGAAUGAGAUUCCCUCCUUUUGACGAUGAAGAGCCACCUAUGGAUUAUGGAGACAACGUGUUAGACGUGGAACCAUUGGAAGCUAUUCAAUUGGAAUUAGACGAGGAAGACGAUGAGGCUAUCUUGGAUUGGUUUUAUGAUCCAAAACCAUUACUCGAUACACCUCACGUCAACGGAUCAAGUUAUAAAUAUUUCCAAUUGUCAUUACCUCAAUUAGCGAACCUAUAUCGAAUAGGUCGCCAGCUCCUUUCAGAUUAUUCAGAUAACAAUGCGUUCUACUUGUUUGACAAGAAAAGUUUCUUCACUGCAAAAUCUUUGAACAUAGCUUUACCUGGUGGACCCAAAUUUGAACCAUUAUAUAGGGAUACAGAAGCAUUCGAUGAAGAUUGGAACGAAUUUAAUGAUAUCAAUAAAGUCAUCAUUCGAGGCGUCAUUCGUUCAGAAUACAAAGUCGCCUUUCCACAUCUAUAUAACUCAGUUCCUCGUUCAGUGCAUAUUGGAGCUUAUCAUGAACCAAAGAACGUGUAUAUCAAAACGGAUGAUCCGGAUUUACCGGCAUUCUACUUCGACCCCCUUAUCAAUCCUAUCUCUCAACGUGUUGUGCAGGAAGCUCACACACCAUUGGUCUCACAUGAAGACUCAGUUUUCGGACUUGGAAAUGAAGAGGAUGAAGACUUUGAGUUACCGGAUGAAUUGGAGCCGUUCUUGGAGAACAGGGAUAUCAGCAAUGAUAAUACCGCAGAUGCGAUCGCAUUGUUCUGGGCGCCUUAUCCGUACAAUUUGCGUAGUGGAAAGACGAAGCGAGCUCAAGAUAUACCUUUAAUCAAAAACUUUUAUCUCGAGCAUUGUCCUCCUGAUCAACCAGUCAAAAUUAGGGUUUCUUAUCAAAAACUGCUCAAAGUUUACGUCCUCAAUGCUCUCCACCAUAGAAGACCCAAGGCUAUGGCGAAACGUAAUCUUUUCAGGUCACUCAAGAACACGAAGUUCUUCCAAUCGACUAAUUUGGAUUGGGUUGAAGCUGGUUUGCAAGUCUGUCGACAGGGUUACAAUAUGCUUAACCUGUUAAUUCACCGAAAGAACCUGAAUUACCUGCAUUUAGAUUAUAACUUGAAUUUGAAGCCUAUUAAAACUCUCACAACCAAAGAAAGGAAAAAGUCAAGAUUUGGUAACGCUUUCCAUUUGUGUCGAGAAAUCCUCCGAUUAACCAAACUCAUUGUCGACGCUCAUGUUCAAUUCCGUUUGGGUAAUGUGGACGCUUUCCAAUUGGCGGACGGUCUUCAAUACAUGUUCGCGCAUGUUGGUCAACUUACCGGAAUGUACAGGUAUAAAUACAAAUUGAUGAAACAAAUCCGAAUGUGUAAAGAUCUGAAACAUCUUAUAUACUCUCGAUUCAACACUGGUCCUGUCGGUAAAGGUCCAGGUGUAGGUUUCUGGGCGCCAGGAUGGAGAGUGUGGCUAUUCUUCAUGAGAGGUAUCGUACCUUUAUUGGAAAGAUGGCUUGGAAACUUAUUGGCGAGACAAUUCGAAGGAAGAAACUCGAAAGGUAUGGCCAAGACUGUGACAAAGCAAAGAGUAGAAUCACAUUUCGAUUUGGAGUUGAGAGCAAGUGUCAUGCACGAUCUCUUGGAUAUGAUGCCUGAAUCCAUAAAGGCAAACAAAGCGAAAACUAUCCUUCAACAUCUUUCCGAGGCAUGGCGAUGCUGGAAAGCCAAUAUUCCAUGGAAGGUUCCCGGUAUGCCCGCUCCCAUCGAGAAUAUCAUAUUGCGAUACAUCAAAUCGAAGGCCGAUUGGUAUUCAAGUGUAGCGCACUACAACAGAGAGAGAAUCAGGAGAGGAGCCACAGUCGACAAGGCUGUUGUCCGAAAGAAUCUUGGUCGAUUGACACGACUUUACUUGAAGGCGGAGCAAGAAAGGCAGAACGGAUAUCUGAAAGAUGGUCCAUACAUAUCUUCAGAAGAGGCUGUAGCUAUCUACACAUCGACUGUCCAUUGGUUAGAGUCAAGAAAGUUCGCCCCCAUCCCCUUCCCUCCUCUCUCCUAUAAGCAUGACACCAAAUUGCUUGUACUCGCCCUUGAAAAGCUUAAAGAAGCAUAUUCGGUACACGGAAGACUCAAUCAAUCUCAGCGAGAAGAGCUUGCCUUAGUCGAACAAGCAUACGAUAAUCCUCACGAGUGUUUGUCCCGAAUAAAGCGAUUACUCUUAACUCAAAGAGCGUUCAAAGAAGCUGGUAUCGAAUUCUUCGACACAUACGACAAGCUCAUACCUUGUUACGAUAUCGAACCCGUAGAGAAGAUAACAGAUGCCUAUCUCGAUCAGUUCUUAUGGUACGAAGCCGAUAAACGAGGAUUAUUCCCUAACUGGAUCAAACCAUCCGAUAACGAACCUCCUCCUUUACUUGUAUACAAGUGGUGUCAAGGUAUCAACAACCUUACCGAUAUAUGGGAUACUACCGACGGAGAAUGUGUUGUAAUGAUGGAAACCGUAUUUUCUCGUGUAUACGAGAAAGUAGAUUUCACACUAUUGAACCGAUUGUUGAGAUUGAUUCUAGAUCACAAUUUGGCAGAUUACAUUACUGCGAAGAACAACAUCGCUUUAACUUUCAAGGAUAUGUCUCACAUCAACGCGUAUGGUAUGAUUAGAGGUCUACAAUUCUCUUCGUUUGUCUUCCAAUUCUACGGUUUGGUCCUCGAUUUGCUUAUUCUCGGUCUUCAACGAGCGAGUGAAUUAGCUGGUCCACCUGGUGCACCAAAUGGUUUCCUUCAAUUUAGGGAUUCUGACACGGAAACUCGACAUCCUAUCCGAUUCUAUACUCGAUACGUUGAUCGGAUCCACAUUCUCUUCCGAUUCUCUUCCGAUGAAGCUCGAGAUUUGAUCCAACGAUACCUCAGUGCAAAUCCCGAUCCCAAUAACGAGAACAUGCACAAUUACAACAACAAGCGAUGCUGGCCUAAAGACUGUCGAAUGCGUCUGAACAAGCAUGAUGUCAAUCUAGGUCGAGCAGUAUGGUGGAAUGUCAAAUCUUCCUUACCUAGAUCUUUGACAACGAUCGAAUGGGACGAAUCAUUUGUUUCCGUGUAUUCCAAAGAUAACCCUCAAUUGCUUUUCUCUAUGUCCGGCUUCGAAGUCCGAAUCUUGCCAAGGAUCCGUACUCAACACGGAGAACAAUACUCGCUGAAAGAUGGCGUGUGGAAUUUGACUCAAGAGUCUACCAAAGAAAGAACGGCACAGGCGUUCCUUCGUGUUUCCGACCGUGGUGUCAAUGACUUCAACAAUAGAAUCAGACAAGUAUUGAUGAGUUCUGGUUCAGCGACUUUCUCAAAAGUGAUAAACAAAUGGAACACGGCUCUUAUUGGUCUGAUGACAUACUACCGAGAAGCUGUAGUUCACACAAAUGAACUUCUUGAUUCGCUUGUCAAGGCCGAGAACAAGGUACAAACCCGAGUCAAAGUGGGGUUGAACUCCAAGAUGCCUUCGAGAUUCCCUCCUUGUGUGUUCUACUCGCCCAAGGAAUUAGGUGGUCUGGGAAUGCUUUCAAUGGGUUUCGUUUUGAUUCCUCAAUCCGACCUUCGGUGGUCCAAACAAACCGAUAGUGGUGGUAUCACCCACUUCAGAUCUGGUAUGACCCACGAAGAAGAUCAACUCAUCCCUAAUUUGUAUCGAUACUUGCAACCUUGGGAAGCAGAGUUCUUGGACUCCGCUCGUGUGUGGUCCGAAUACGCCAUGAAGAGAAAAGAAGCUACUGCAUCAAACAGGCGAUUAACUUUGGAGGAUUUGGAAGAUUCAUGGGAUAGAGGUAUUCCUCGUGUGAACACUCUUUUCCAGAAAGAUCGACAUACUCUUGCAUACGAUAAAGGAUGGCGUGUUCGACAGUUCUUCUCAAUGUACUUCAGAUUGAGGAAUCAGCCAUUCAUAUGGACGAAUAACAGACAUGAUGGUAAAUUGUGGAAUUUGAACUCCUACCGAGUCGAUGUCAUCGCAGCUUUAGGAGGUGUAGAAGGUAUCUUAGAGCACUCACUCUUCAAGGGCACUGCUUUCCCUACUUGGGAGGGACUGUUUUGGGAGAAAGCAUCCGGUUUUGAGGAAUCCAUGAAGUACAAGAAGCUCACCAACGCUCAAAGAUCCGGUUUGAGUCAAAUUCCUAACCGUAGAUUCACCCUUUGGUGGUCGCCAACGAUCAACCGAGCCAAUGUUUACGUCGGUUUCCAAGUUCAAUUAGAUCUCACUGGUUGCUUUAUGCACGGAAAACUGCCAACUUUGAAAAUAUCAUUCAUCCAGCUCUUCCGAGCCCAUUUAUGGCAGAAGAUUCACGAGUCCGUUACCAUGGAUUUAUGUCAAGUAUUCGAUCAAGAACUCGAGGCCUUACAAAUCGAGACCGUGCAGAAAGAAACGAUUCAUCCCCGAAAGUCAUACAAAAUGAACUCUUCUGCUUCCGAUAUUCUUUUAUUCUCCUCUUACAAGUGGCAAAUCUCUCGACCAUCUUUGCUUACCGAUAACCGAGAUACCUUCGAUGGAACUACCUCGAACAAGUUCUGGCUUGAUAUCCAACUGCGAUGGGGUGAUUUCGAUUCCCAUGAUAUCGAACGAUACGCACGAGCCAAAUUCCUUGACUACUCUUCUGACAGUCAAUCGAUUUACCCUUCCCCAACUGGUGUUCUCAUUGCUCUUGACUUGGCUUAUAACCUUUACUCGGCAUACGGUAAUUACUUCCCUGGUCUCAAACCAUUACUUCAACAAGCAAUGGCCAAGAUUAUGAAAGCCAAUCCUGCCUUAUACGUCUUACGUGAACGUAUCAGAAAAGGUCUUCAAUUGUACUCUUCUGAGCCUACUGAACCAUACUUGAAUUCUUCCAACUACUCUGAAUUAUUCUCCAACCAAAUCAUUUGGUUCGUAGAUGAUACCAACGUUUACCGAGUGACAGUCCACAAGACAUUCGAAGGUAAUUUGACGACCAAACCGAUCAAUGGUGCCAUCUUCAUCUUUAACCCUAGAACAGGUCAACUGUUCUUGAAGAUUAUUCAUACAUCAGUAUGGGCCGGUCAAAAACGUCUGGGUCAAUUGGCAAAAUGGAAGACCGCAGAAGAAGUAGCUGCUUUAGUAAGAUCCUUGCCAGUCGAAGAGCAACCUAAACAAGUCAUCGUCACUAGAAAGGGUAUGUUGGAUCCAUUGGAAGUUCAUUUACUCGAUUUCCCAAAUAUCGUAAUCAAGGGUUCCGAACUUCAAUUACCUUUCCAAGCUACUUUGAAGAUGGAGAAAUUCGGAGAUUUGAUCUUGCGUGCUAACCAACCUCAAAUGGUCUUGUUCAAUUUAUACGAUGACUGGCUCAAAUCUAUCUCCUCCUACACUGCUUUCUCGCGACUUAUCCUUAUUCUUCGAGCUCUUCACGUCAACAAUGAGAAAUCCAAAAUCAUCCUUCGUCCCGACAAGGCAACCAUCACUGAGUCGUAUCACAUCUGGCCAACAUUGUCAGAUGACGCUUGGAUGUCUGUUGAAGUCGCUUUGAAAGACUUGAUCUUGGCAGACUUUGGAAAGCGAAACUCGGUCAAUGUAGCUUCGUUGACUGCUUCCGAAAUCAGGGAUAUCAUUUUGGGUAUGGAAAUCGCUGCUCCGUCAGUACAACGUCAACAAAUGGCAGAAAUUGAAAAGACUACCGAAGCUCAAAGUCAAGUCACUGCCCUUCAAACCAAGACGACCAACAUCCACGGUGACGAGAUUGUUGUGACGACCACUACCAACUACGAGCAACAAACUUUCGCUUCCAAAUCUGACUGGAGAGUUAGAGCUAUCUCAGCUACCAACUUGCCUCUCCGUGUCAACCAUAUCUUCGUUGGAAACGAUGAUGUCAGAGACGAUGCUGGAUCCUUCACCUAUGUCAUACCCAAGAAUGUCCUCAAGACUUUCAUUGUCAAUGGUGAUCUUCGAACACAAGUUGUCGCUUAUCUUUACGGUACUUCGCCACCUGACAACCCACAAGUCAAAGAGAUUAAAGCUGUUGCUUGGGUACCUCAAAGAGGUAGUAACAACGGCGUUGAACUUCCUGCUGCUCUACCUAAGCACGAUUUCCUGCUUAAAGAUCUCGAACCUCUUGGAUGGAUCAAGACUCAAUCUCAAGAACUCAACCAUCUUUCUCCUGCCGACGUUACCACUCAAGCCAAAAUUAUGGCUAAUCACUCAGAAUGGGGACCUCAAUCGAUUUGUGUUACAUGUGCUUUCACACCCGGUUCAGUAUCGUUGAACGCAUGGGAACUUACGGUAGCAGGAUUUGAAUGGGGAAGAAAGAAUCAAGAUGUCACAGGACAGAAUCCUGGAUUCAAUCCUGCAAUGGCUAACAGAGUACAAUUGCUAUUGUCUGAUAGAAUUUUAGGUAUGACUUUAGUUCCAGAAGGUGGUGUUUGGAAUUAUGGUGUUGGUUUAACUCAAAGUUGGAGCGACAAAUUACCAUUCAGUAUGACUUUGGAUAAACCCGAAUCCUUCUGGGCACCAUGUCACAGACCUAACGCGUUCCUCAAUUUUGCUUCGAUGGAAGGUGACGAUGCGGCGGAUGUCGAGAACAGUUUAGAAUAA